AUGCUCUCUGCAGAUGGGAAAGAGAACGAGAUCGGCAAGAGCUUGAUAGAAGAUGCAUCUUUGUUUCUGUGGUUUGUAAAUGCAGUGAAUUCUGGUGGAUGCUGUAGGGAAAUUAAGAGUGAGGAGGAUCUGUCCCUUGCUUCCAAGAAGAAGAUUCACCAAAAAAUAAAGUUUAAGGCAUAUAGCAUGGGUGCCGAAAGUAUUAUGUAUGAAAAGAGAAAUGAGAUGGCCUUCGAGGAGGAUAGAAAUGGAUUCAUAUGUGCACACUGCGAUGCAAGGUAUGUGUAUAAAAGAUGCCUAGCAAAUCACCUCAUAAAAUCUCACCACAUAAAUUCAAAUACACUCUAG